CUGACGCGGCUGCGCGGUGCGGCAUUGCUACUGGAAAGUUUGUAUCACUCUUUAUAUUUGGACGAAGAUAUCACUCGACAAUGUCGCAUCUCGCGGAGGACACACUGUGUCGGACAUUUCACUGGUGACAGUAAGAAGGAGCAGAGCGGACAUGGCCGUUACAGUCGCACACCACCACCACCACCACCGAGCUACCGUGCCGUGGGUCUGGGGUCAGUUUGUACCGAGGCUGUAUGGAGUUUGUGCCGCUGGACAUUGCGUACUGGCCUAACCACCACCAGUAAUAACAACUCCGCAGGAGAGACUGUUUAACACGAUGGUCCCACUUUAACAAGGGGCUAAUUCUUCAUAUCUUGAUUGGAUUUUUAUCGGCCACCACCAUGUCUGACCAAAACUACUAUUGGACCGUGUUGCCGAGCUACAAAACUAGUUUUGUGACUGGGGCCAUGAUGAAAAGAUCAAAAAGUUCCCGUAACAACAAGAGAAGGAGUUUGGCGGUCGGGACCCCUUCGCCCACGCUCUCACGGCCGCUUUCACCUCUCCCACUUGCCACAGCUGGCAGCAGCCCUUCAGAAAGCCCCAGAAAUGUCUCUGCCAGCACCUCUGCCAACUUCCAGUUUGCCCGCAGCCAACUGGCCCGCACUGAAAGAGCGGAUGGGCGAAGGUGGUCUGUGGCGUCAGUUCCCUCGUCUGGAUACUGCACCAAUGCACCCAGUUCAUCAGUAUCUUCCUCUUCUUCCCAGGAGUUAUUGCAUCAGUUGCCCCUCCAGCCCACGCAAGAUGAUCUCCACUUCCUGUUUAAACAUUUCCGGAGCACAGAGAGUGUGGCGGACGAAGAAGGAGCACACCCCGCGCCCCCUGUCAGGCUCCGCUCACGCAGUCUCAGCCCUGGACGGACCUGUGGAACAUUUGACAAUGAAAUUGUCAUGAUGAAUCAUGUCUACAAAGAACGCUUUCCUAAGGCGACAGCCCAGAUGGAGGGUCAGCUGCUUGACAUCAUUGCAGAGUGUUCCCCAGGCUCUGCUCUUCCCCUGGCUGAUGGUGUACUGGGAUUCAUUCAGCACCAGCUGGUGGAGCUCGCCAGAGACUGUCUGGACAAGUCCCAAAAAGGCCUGGUCACCUCCAGGUACUUUGUGGAGCUGCAGGAGAAACUGGAGAAGCUGCUGCAUGAGGCGUAUGAGCGUUCAGAGAGUGAGGAGGUGACCAUCAUCACUAAACUGGUCAAGAAGAUUCUCAUCAUCAUCUCCAGGCCGGCCAGGCUCCUGGAGUGUUUGGAGUUUGAUCCAGAGGAGUUUUACCAACGUUUGGAGGCUGCAGAGGGUCAUGCCAAGGUGGGCCACGGUAUCAAGACUGAUAUUCCCAGAUACAUUAUCAGCCAGCUUGGCCUCACCAGGGAUCCUUUGGAAGAGAUGGUCCAUCUGGAGCAGACGAGUCCGAGUCACAGGUCGUCCAGCAGAGACUCUGAUGACACUGGAGACGCAACACCCACACAGAGCCGAGCAGCCUGCACCCCUCCUCGUAGGAAACCGCUGGAGAGCGACUUUGAGACUAUCAAGCUCAUUAGCAAUGGCGCCUAUGGGGCUGUAUUUCUGGUGCGCCACAAGGAGACCCGUCAACGUUUUGCCAUGAAAAAGAUCAACAGGCAGAAUCUGAUCCUUAGGAACCAAAUCCAGCAGGUGUUUGUGGAGCGAGACAUCCUCACAUUUGCUGAAAACCCAUUUGUUGUUUCUAUGUUUUGCUCUUUUGAGACGCGGAGGCACCUCUGCAUGGUCAUGGAGUAUGUGGAAGGUGGAGAUUGUGCCAACCUAUUGAAGAACAUUGGUCCUUUGCCUGUGGACAUGGCACGGAUGUAUUUCGCAGAGACAGUCCUGGCUUUAGAGUACCUUCACAACUAUGGCAUUGUACACAGAGACCUCAAACCUGAUAAUUUGUUAAUCACCUCCAUGGGACACAUUAAGCUGACAGACUUUGGGCUGUCAAAGAUUGGUCUAAUGAACAUGACCACCAACUUGUAUGAAGGACAUAUUGAAAAGGAUACCAGAGAGUUCAUCGACAAACAGGUGUGUGGUACUCCAGAGUACAUUGCACCUGAGGUGAUCUUGAGGCAGGGCUAUGGGAAGCCAGUGGACUGGUGGGCUAUGGGCAUCAUCCUUUAUGAGUUCUUAGUGGGCUGUGUUCCUUUCUUUGGAGACACACCAGAACAGCUCUUUGGUCAGGUGGUCAACGAUGACAUCAUUUGGCCAGAAGGAGAGGACGCUCUGCCAGCUGAUGCCCAGGACCUUAUCACCAGGCUGCUGAGACAGAGCCCUCUGGAGCGUCUAGGAACAGGUGGAACCUCUGAGGUGAAGAUGCACACGUUCUUCCUGGGUCUGGACUGGAACGGCCUCCUGAGGCAGAAAGCUGAAUUCAUACCGCAACUCGAGACUGACGAUGACACCAGUUACUUUGACACCCGAUCAGAGCGCUACUGUCACCUGGGCUCAGAUGACGAUGAUGAAACCAAUGAUGAUGAAUCAUCUCGGGAGCUCCGACAGUUCUCCUCUGUGGCCCACCGCUUCAGCAAGGUGUACAGCAGCACAGAGCACCUGUCCACCUCCACGCCGUCCAACCAGAGCCUGUCGUCAUCCGAGCGAAGCCACAGUGAGGAGAAGGAGGAGAGGUGGGAGGGCAGGGGAGUCCUCUCCCCUGGCGAUGGAUUCAGACACUUGGCUGGUGGAGACAGGAGGGCAGAUGGACACAGGGGGAGUCUACGUCCUCGUGCUUCAUCCAGCUCCUCCCAGUCAGAGCGCAGCACCAGCCCACUGGUGAUGAACAGCACCCAGAGCCUCGACAUCAUGCCUCGCUUUGCUAUCUCUGCCGAGGAGGAAGACGGGAUGGUUUCCAACCUGCGACGCAUUCGGCUCCGGAGCAACAGCACAGGCACCAGGCCGUCCUUCCGAAGAGGGGCGUCCAGACGCAUCGCCCACCAGCUAGAGACCCCAGAGAAACCCAGAUCCCCAGCUGGGAAAGUCCCCAAGUCUGCCUCUGUCUCUGGCCUGUCCCUCAUCAUUACCCCAGAUGACUCAGCAUGUCCUCCUACGAGCCCCAAAUCGUCCUUGUCCCUGUCGUCCAACCCCUCAUCCAGAGACUCGUCCCCCAGCCGGGACCUCUCUGUCAGCAUCAGCUGCCUCAGGCCUCCUGUGGUCAUCCACAGCUCUGGGAAGAGGUUUGGCUUUGCUCUGCGGGCUAUCAGAGUCUACAUGGGAGACAGUGACGUCUACACUGUUCACCACAUGGUCUGGUGUGUGGAGGAAGGCAGUCCAGCACAUGAGGCAGGAUUGAGGGCUGGUGACCUCAUCACUCAUGUCAACGGGGAGUCUGUCCAGGGACUCGUCCACACUGAGGUUGUAGAGCUCCUUCUCAAGAGUGGCAACAGGGUGACCUUGCAGACUACUGCACUGGAGAACACCUCUAUUAAGGUGGGCCCUGCCAGAAAGGUGAGCUACAAGGCCAAGAUGGCCCGGCGCAGCAAGAAGAGCAAGAGGAAGGACGGACAGGACAGCCGACGGCGUAGCAUCUUGAAGAAGCUAUCUAAGCAUACGCCUCCUCCACCCAUGCAGAGCAGUCGUAGCUUCUCCUCAGGUUUCCACCAGUCAUCUAGCGACAGCCUCUCCGGCUCUCCCACGCAGAGUCUCUCUCCUGGGCCUUCUACGCCUUGUCGUUCCCCCGCCCCUGACCACUCCGGAGACUCAAGUUCUUCUCCUUGCUCCAGCUCCCCUAACUCGCCUGUACCACAGGCCCGUCCAAGUUCUCUACAUGUGUUGGGUCGCUACACCAAAGCUGGCCGCUGCAAGUCCACCAGCAGUAUCCCUCCUUCACCGCUGGCCUGUAUCCCACCUCCUCAGCCCCUCUCUCCACAGUGCUCUCCAUCCUGCCUCCCCAGUCACCCAAAGUCCCUACAGGGUUUCCAUGGCAAGACAUUGUCCCCUCCCACUAUCGCCCGCCAUUCUGUGCGUCCCCGCAGUGCAGAACCACCACGCUCACCACUCUUGAAGAGGGUCCAGUCGGCAGAGAAGCUGACAGGAGACAAGACGACGGGGGGUUACCAUGGUGAUAGGAAGGCCUACAGCACCCGCCGCCACACCAUGGAGGUGCCUCUGUCUGAGGGGGAGGGGCUGGAGGACAUGGAGGGGGACACUGCCACCGGGUUUGUCUGUGUGGGUGAGCACGGCCGUCAGGGGCUGUACAUAGGAGGGCAGAGAGGCCACCAGGACACAGCCAGUGGGGGCAGCGAGCACCACCGCUCUACCACCUCACCACAACACCGCAGCAGCAACCACCACUCCAAAGAGGUGGUGGUGAUGAGGAAGUUGGCUCUGUCGGAGCGAAGGGACUCCUUCAAGAAACAGGAAGCCGUGCAGGAAGUGAGCUUCGAUGACUUGGAGGAGAGGGAGGCGACGCCGAGCCCAACGCUUCCGGUCACGCAGCCGAAGGCAUUCAAGGCAUCCUGGAUCAACUCAGCCCAAUCAGAAUCUAGUGUGAAGCUGGAAGGAAGAGGAUCACAGGGUACAACAACACAGCAGAAAGCCAAGUCAAAAGACAAAGAAGGGUUUUAGUUGUGUCUCUUUGCCAGGGAAGGUCAACAGAGAGUCUCACUCUGGAAGAGACUGAAAGGUGAAGAUAAGUCUUUGACCUGCUACUCUACUUACAUUUGAAAGCCUUGCAUGUGUGUCCAGAAAACUGUGACCAAGUCCCAAAUCAACACAAGCAACUGUGUGAAGACAAAAGCGCAAAUUAACACCAAUGUUUCUCAGUAAUAUAUGCAUCCUGCAACACUGUUAACGGAAUAAUGACUGCCAAACUAUGUUUACUUCCUAGUUGCUUGUUUUCUCUCUUGGUUUUCAAAUCACUGUGGCACCUGUAACUGAUGUGUUUUGUACAUAUGUUUUUGUUUUAAAUGAAGAAACUUAUUUAUGACUUUUUAUGCUCAUCUUGGGUUGUUUUUUUGUUUUGUUUUUUUUUGGUUGCUGAAAAUGCCUUUUGACGCUUCAGCUGUUCUUAGUUCAGGAAUUGCACAAAAGAAAAGCCACACACAACUUCUCAGUGUGGUUUUACAGAAGGUGCAGAAAAGGGCAGGUAACAUCAGUUGAUAUCGUACCUUUAUUUUAUACCUCAAUGCCUGUCUAGAACUAGGUGUUGUUUCAUGUUCAGUUUGGAUCUUUGAAACAAACAUACAGUGUUUGUCCUGCAAUAUAUAAUGUAUUAUACAAUUGCGGAAGAUAUUCUGUGCUGCCUCUCGGAAGAAAUGUAUCAUACAGAUUGUGGUGGGCACCAUUUGGAGUCAUCAAUCCAGAACAGGCCUUGUCUAAACAUUUUUACUAAAAAUAUCAACAUCUCAAUAUUUGGAAGCCUAACUGUGGUGCCAAAGCAUGGUUUAGCCAUAGGAACCAUUUUAAAAAAGAGGUACUGUAGUUGUACAUAAGAAGCUUCAUGCAUGCAUGGGCUCUACUUCCACUUGCUGGCUGUCUUAAAAAAAGCGUGUCAGUGCUGACACUCCUCAAACAGUGGUUUGAAUAAUAACCUGAUCAACAUACAGGUGUGUAGAUAAAACCGUUGUCUCUGUCUUCUAAUACCUUGUUGAAUCAAGCCUCCGUCCAGUUCCUUACAAACCUAGUCUAGCUGAAGUGUUUGCACAAGUUGUAGUAGCCGUAUAACAGUUAGAGCACAUUUAUAUUUCAGGACGAUCUCCUUCUCUGUGGGAUUCAAAAAUUGUACAGUGGAUGCAACAAACAAAACUGGCUCCCUUGGCUGUUUUUUUUUUUUUUUUUUUUUAAUGUGUGUUAUGAACGAAUGUUUACAUUUUAGUGCAAAUGUGUGUGCGUGUGGUCAUGGUUUUGUUAAAUUAUUACGAAAAAAGUUAAUGAUGGAAUACAACCAGAGGCCCUGAGCGGAUGAAGGAACGAGUAGAGGUGAUUUCUUUUUGUACAUUUUGAUAUGGAAACAGUCUUGUUGCAGUACUAAUAGCCUAUGCUGUUGAUGUAUAUUGUAUAAACAAUGGUGGACCUUUAUAACAGCUGUCGGUGGUGUUUUUUUGAAAGUGACCUUGUAAGGGUAGAUGGACUCAUUGUGUAAUGUCACUUAUGUGGCAGGGUCUUGAUCUCAUGUUGCGAUCAGCCUCAAAGGAUUGUGCAUGCUUCACAUCCCAGUAUAUUCCCACAAUCUUACAACAUGUUUACAUUUUUUUAAGCUCUUGGAAGUUAUUAAUCUCAUUGAAUUCCUAAUGAUGAUUUUCAGUCACUGAUUUGAGCUUUAAAAUUAGUGUUUUGUUAGGAGAUGUGAACAUAUGGGAUUUGGUUUUCAGCAAUGUAUUUUUUCAUUUCUAUUAUUUUUGUUCCCGUUUCUGAGCUUUUUUUGUUGUUUUUUUUUCAGAAACUGUUUGGAUCGGCAACCAAAAAUGCUUACAGUCUUAUUUCAGAUUAAUUCGCUGCACAGAAGACAAUUUUGUGCCUGUGUUCUUAGUUUUAUGAAGGCGCACAUUUGUGUUUUGCGGAGCGAAGGGAAUUAUUCAUUUGGGAAUUUAUAGCGGAAGUUUAACACAUACUAAGCCUUGCACAGUGGUUAUAGUGGCCGUUCAAAUUAGAAAUUAGAAGUGUGUUUAUUGUAUUGUGGGGGGAAAAACUGUGUCUGUGUAGGAUUUGUCACUGAAUAUCUGAUGCAAUAUACAUCUUGGUAUGUUAGGAUUUGAUCACGUUAUUUUGUACCCCUACCAAACUGUCAUAGUAUCUCUUGACCCUUAAGUUGUAUCAUCAUGUUAUGCUUUUUAAAAUCAAGUUCUUUUUGUGAAGCUCUCAGCAGCAGUCCAUCCAUAACAACAGUUUGGGCAUCACACAUCAAAAUGAAGCAUCACAACUCUUUUCAUCUGUGUUUUGUGUGUGUGUGUGUGUGAUAAAACUGUUGCUCAACCGUCAUUCUCCAUAUUCUCCACACUUGUUUUAGUGUGUGUUAAAGUCGUUGCUCCCCGAUCGUCCCCAAACUGGCCUUUGUGAAAUUCCUACAAUGUGGGUAUCUGAUGCAGACCGGUGUGACAUUGUCUGUUUUUUUUUUUUUUUAUUGUCUUAACAGUGCUUGAAAUAAAUGAAUUGCAAAGGGACUACAAAGUCCAGAAUACAAA